AUGGGCUCUCGUCCUGGUUCCAUUUCCCAGCCGACCCUGGCCGCGCCGCUCAUUCCCACCGAGCAUAUUGGGCCCAAGGGAUGGAUUCGUUACCUUUACCUCUUCGAGCUCCCUGAGAACUACGACGCGGCACGGGUGGAGCAACUCCUGCGGGAUGCCUUUAUCGCCGCCAAGAAACGCACUCCUUUGCUGGGAUGCGAGGCCGUCCCCGACCUCAAGACGGGCCUGCUCACGCUACGCGAGUACGGCGACGAGAUCAACGACUUCAAGGCCAAGGAUCUGCGCGCUCCGGGUCUGUUCCCCUCGUUCGCCGAGCUGCAGGCCAAGAACUUCCCCGUCUCCGCCCUCGAAGCCGACGAUGUCUGCUACCGUAGCUCCGAGUGGCCCGAGGCCGGCGACCGCCUGCCCGUCACCCUCAUGCAGGCCAACUUCAUCAACGGCGGCCUCAUUCUGAACUGGUGCAUCUUCCACGCCUACUCCGACGGCACCACGGCCUACAAAUUCACCGAGAUCCUCGCCGAGGAUGUUCGCAGGCUGCAGGGAAUCAAAAUUACCAAUCCCUGCGAAAUCCCCUAUGAGGAUCGCGCAAAAAUCAUGCGCAGCUCUGGGCGCAAGCCCGGCAAGCCCGAGGAUCACCCCGAGUACGUGGCUCUGCCCUUCGUCCCGGAGGGUCCUCCCCCUAAGCUCCUCGAGCGCAACACCAUCAAGGGCCAGGUGUUUUAUUUCUCGCCAGAGUCGAUGGCGGCGCUGAAGAAGGACUCGACGGACGAGAAUUCGGGCGAGUGGAUUUCGACCAAUGACGCCGUUGCCGGCCUCGUGUGGCGGACCGUCAUGAACGCGCAGAUGCCCGUCGAGUCGCUGAACGGAGAGGCGCAGCAGGCGCUAUUUACCGUUGCGACUGACACUCGCCGCCGCGCCCAUGCGCCCAUGCACAAGCAAACGAUCGGCAACUUUGUGGGCUUCGCUGACGCGAGGAUGGACCUCAAGAGGCUGCUGACGGAGGCGACGCUGGCCGAGACGGCGCGCGAAGUCCGCCGUUCCAUCACCCGCUCGGACAAGGACUACCUGGACAGUCUGACGGCGCUGAUCGAGAACACCGAGAACAUAUACGGCUUGGCGCCGACGGUUUUCCUGGACAUGCCCGGCCCCAACAUCCUCUACACGACGUGGAGGAACUUCACGCUGUACGACCUGCAGUGGGGUAGCGCGUUGGGCAACCAGAUGCGCUCGAUGAGGUUGCCGCAAGCAGGCAUGUGCAACGGCGCACAGAUUGUAUUCCCCGAGCACAAGGAUGGCGGUCUCGAGAUGUAUGUUGGUGUGGAGAAGCAGAACUUUGAAAGGCUCUGCCAAGACCCGCUGUGGCGGAAGUACGCCGAGAUCAGGGAGUAG